CGCCGCCAGGUGCGGUGCCGCCGCCGCCGCCCGUGGGCUGAGGACUUGCUGUCACGGCGUGUGCCGGGCAGGGAGGCUCCUGAGGACCGGGCAGGCCAGACCUUUCCGUCGGCGGGCGCCGAGCUGGGAUCGCCGCCAUGAGCAAGAUCUCCAAGUUCUUUAAGGGGGGCGGCUCGGCCGGCUCCAAGGGCCGCGGGGGUCCCUCGCCGCAGGAGGCGCUGGCCCGGCUGCGAGAGACGGAGGAGAUGCUCAGCAAGAAGCAGGAGUACCUGGAGACGCGGAUCGAGCGGGAGCUGGCGGUAGCCCGGCAGCACGGCACCAAGAACAAGCGAGCUGCCUUACAAGCACUGAAGAGAAAAAAGAGGUAUGAGAAACAGUUGAAUCAAAUUGAUGGGACACUUUCGACCAUUGAGUUCCAGAGAGAGGCAUUGGAAAAUUCCCACACCAACACAGAAGUGCUCAAGAAUAUGGGUUACGCUGCACAAGCUAUGAAAAAAGUACAUGAAAAUAUGGAUUUGAACAAAAUCGAUGAUUUAAUGCAAGAUAUCACUGAACAGCAAGAUGUUGCCCAGGAAAUUUCCGAUGCUAUCUCAAACCGAGCUACCUUUGGUGAUGAGUUUGAUGAGGAUGAGUUGAUGGCAGAAUUAGAAGAACUGGAGCAAGAAGAACUGAACAAGGGAAUGAGAGAUGUCAGGUUGCCAAGUGUUCCGUCCACAUCUCUGCCUUCUCGCCCUGCAUCAACCAGGAAAAGAGCAGAGGAUGAAGAUGAAAUGAAGAAACUGGCUGCCUGGGCUUCAUAAGAGCAUGGUCUUUUUAUAACACCAAACAUUAUAGUGCAGAAUGUAAAGAGCUGUACUGCUAUUUUAUAACCACACUGAUUUACUGUGGUUGCAUUUCAUACAGGCUGGGGUUUUUUAUGGCAAAUCUUGCUGAGACUAGUGUUACUGCCAUAUUACAAAACUAGCUUAAAAACCAGCAAACAAAAGAACUAAAUAGUUGCCUAAGCCUUCAGGCAUAAUUUUCUUAAAGCCUCAUCAAGAGAUUUGUUUUAUUAUUAGUAUCAGUUUUUAACAGAUACUAUCUUACCAUAUCUGUUGGUUUGUAAAACCCAUGUGCCUCACUUAUGCUCAAAGCUGGAUUAAUUUUUGAAAUGAGAAAGCUAAGUAAGUCAUCAGGGCCCUAUAACUAGAGAGUUAUUUGGUUCAGAAUAUUUGAAUAUUAGCAAAACAGCUUAAUACGUGUCCUCACUUGCAAGUUCUUUGAGCCCAAGAACUAAUAACUAUUCAUUUGGACAUGAAGAUUCAAACAGUCAGCCUGGAGCAACUUAUGCUGUCCUGCAUAUUAAGAGGAAGCUCUUCUAUAGGCUUAUUGAAGUGGAAUGUGUUACUUGUUUUUACUGGCCAAAAUGUCCCAUGCACUUCUAUAGGUCAAGUUGAAUUGUAUUUUGGACUAUUUCUGACUAGGUUAUAAAAUUACAGUGAUCAAGGAAAGCAAAAUGUCUAGGUUCUUGCAGAUUCCUGCCAAACACUACUGAUUUUCAUUAAGCCUGUCAAAACUCCAGAAGAGAUUUGACCUUCCUGUGUUCUUUUCCUCUACUUGUCUUUCUAGGAUGAGUCUUUACUUUGUAUCAUAAUGUUCAUCCUCAUCGAAGGAAUUAGAAACACACUUUUAGUCAUACAAUUUCAAAAUAGUUUUAAUUUCUGAGCAUCUGGUUAUUUUCUCUUAAUCAGUUUGUGAAUGGAAAUAAUACCAGUGUGUUGCAUUUGCAGGGCCUUUUUAAACCCUGCUUAAAAGCUGAUUCUGGGUUCCUUGUCAAGUUGGUGUGUUACUGUCCAACUGACAGUGUUUUAGCCUAAGGAAAAAAUGCCAUUCUUGAGUGCUAAACUGCUACAUAUAUGGAGAGAUUGCUGUUCAAACACAACCCAAAAAUUAAAUAGGCUGCUUUGUAUUAACAAAGUGUUAAAUAAGUCUUAAGCUCUAUGUUAGUACCCUACUGUCAAUUACAAGGAAAUAGUAGAACAGUGUGGAGUUCCUAGGGGUGUAAGAAGCAGAAUCCUUGAUCUAGGUUUCUUGUUUUCAAAUGAAUUUAAAUUUAGUGAUGAGUGAACCACUUGGGGAAUAGUGGUGGAUUUGGUUUCUGUAGAUCUUCAGCAACAGAAGACUGACCCCUACUCCUGCAGGCUUUAUCCUGUGAUUUGCUGGGUGUUCAGCUUCAACAGGCUUCAAUAACCUUGAGCUUAGCAGAUUUUAGAUUAAGUAUAAGCAAAUAUGUGUUUCUAGACAUGGUCUGCUCAGAGCCUUUCAAGUUGAGCCCCAUGGAUGAAACCCAAAUUGUAUAAAUCCUGUGGAGAGAUUGACUUUUUCGGGACUUUCAUUCUCUGUGGAGGACUUGCUUUUGGAUUGUAUCUGUAUGAGAGCUGAAUCAAGCCUUGCCACUUUGGAUAAUUUUCUUACUGGAAAAAACUGGGUGUGGUAAUUCUGUCCUAAAAUUUGGAGGUACCAAGAAAAUUGUCCCUUUUUGUUGAGAGUAGAGAAAGUCUGGAAUUAUUUAAUAUUUGUUUAAAUACAAAAUAGGAAAAAAGAGAAUUGCCUUAAAUUUAAAAAUACAUUUUGAACUCUCAAGGAGUAGGAAACCAAAUACUAAAAAAAUGCUACUUGGUUUUAAUGCUUGCUGAAAUUCAGCAUGAGAUGCUAGCUGAAAGCAGGAAUAUUUAGUAAAAUAGCAAAUAUUCUAAGUUAUUUCAAAUCCAUAUCCUAACCCUUCUGGCUUGAAUCCUGUGUUCAAGGUGUGCAGUUUAUGCAGGUCUCUGAAUUGUGUACAGAACAUAUUAGCACACAUUGGGUGUAUGACUGUGCAAGGCUGGCAGUGUGCUUGUGGACACUUCUGGUAUUUCUAAAUAUGAGGCCAUGCCAACACAGUCCCACAAUGCUCAGCUCUUACAUAGGUAGCACUUGGCAUAUUUGAAGUGCUCUACAACGUAAUGGGUCUCUAAGCUUCCAUUUUGAAACUAAAGUGACUUUCAGUCUGCUUUGGAAAAUGUGGGCCUGCUGUUUUUGAAUAAGAACUUUCCAAGUGAACACCCCUCACUGGAGACAAAAUAAUCCUGUAGAGAUCUUCUCCUUUGCAAACCAGCAUUUGACUGCUUACUUCCAGGAAUGUUUUGGCCAAGUGUUCAUCCUGAAGAAGCUUCAGGUGUGUUCAGCUUAUUAAUGUUCAGACCAAGCACUUUAAAAACAAAACCUUUGAAAGGUGAGGAAAUGAGACUGAAUAUUCAGGUGAGUUGCUCUGAAAGCCUGUGUAUAGUGGCUGGUGAUGCUAAAAGACAAACUCAUGUACCAGUUCACAGGCCAGGAUGUGAGGUUGGUGAGAUUAUACUCAGAAACACUGUAGUGAUGUGCAGAAAGGAAAAUGCACCGUGGACCUCAACAAACAAACUGGAGCAUUUGUUGCCAUAUUUUUUGUUUUUGGACAACAGUUUUCUUCAAGGGAAAAGGGAUUUAAUUCAGCAGAGGGAGUGGCCCUUUCCUAUGUAAAUUCAGAUAACAGUGGGACAAAUGGCUCUUUCUUAUGUGAACAUAUGCCUCUCUUCAUGCCAAGAUGGUAUUUGUUUAGUAUGUAAGCAGCUGAGAGUGAAUAGUGUCAAUGUGUUAUUGUAAAUGUACCCUAUUAACUGGAACAUAUUUUACAGGAGGACUGUGGUAGCAGAUGGUGUACUAUAACUGACUUCCUUUCUUGUUGCUUAUUUAUUCUGAGGUUGUUUUUUUCUCCUAACAGGCUUAGACAUUUUUAACCUGGAUAACUUUAAAAAGGGGAAAAGAUAUUAAUAAAAAGUGAAACCAAUUCAUGUAUGUAUAUAUAUACGCACAC